GCCGAAGGCCGUGUUAUGACGUAUAGGUUAAUUAAAUUUUUAUACUACACUGGCCAGUUUAGCUUGUUUACCAUUGGGUGCGAUCGCUCGAGGUCUCUGCUGCCAACACUGAAAUCAAAGGCGUUGCCCGAUUUACUUAAUUCGUUGCGUCAACUGACAGAAGCCCGCGAUCCUUUCGCUUCGAAAAGAACGAGGUGCCUGUUUACUCGUUUUAAAGCGGACUACAUUGAUCUUUUAGGCACAUACAGGCUCCUGUAGAACCAAUGCAGAUUACGUACGCAGCAGUCCAAUGUUACGAAUUCAUCGCCUGCUCAAAUGUCAGCAUCCGGCUGUACCUAAAAACAGCCAUCACUGCCUCUUUAUUUGAUAACUUAGCCAGAGCACCCUUCCUGCUGUGGCUGCUAUUGCAUCCUGAUAUUCGGCCUGCUUAACGCUUAGAACGUACCCGAUCGACGACUAAACGCUAAACGUAUCACCACUGCCGCUGUGAACAGAAACUUUAGCGACCUGACUCGUCCGUAGGUCUUCUGCCUCGAUUCCGUCUCUUACCUUGUCGCUUGCAGAAUUGCCACUCUUGUGGGAGGACUUUCUCAAGCAGGAAUUAUGCUGGUGGCUUCUCGCGGCCUAUGAGGCGUUUCUAUUCUCUCGCCCACUUCAGGCGAUUUGUCGUGAGAUAGAUUAUUGAGACAGUUAAAUUCAUUCUACAUUUACGUUUGUAGCCCUAGAAAAACGUAGAAACGUACAACACGCACAGUACGAUCAGCGGCGUCGUACGGCUCGUUGACUGUGUGAAAGACUUUAGGUCCUACGAGAUCUCCACAUAGCUGAGAUGCGCGUAACAACGUUGCCGUCGAUUACACAAGGAUAACACUGGUCACAGGAGCUGACAACGACAACACAAUGAAUAAUAACAACAAUGGCAUCAGCCUAUCCAGGUGUUUUUUGCUCGUUCGUGUUUGGAGACCUUCUUUUCGAAGAUAACUUUCAGUGUGUUAAAGCAUCAGGCUUACGUUGAGUUGUGCCUUAAUGUGUGAUCGGUGCUGUCUACGAGAAUCCAAAGGAGUGUAUUAUACUCGAUAGACGAAGUAAUUUUACGGGAAGAGGAACGUUUGUCUUGGAUAAUAUACUGUUGAUCGACGGACCUCAACGCGCUCGGCUCGGUUGUCCCAUUGCAGAAUGGCUCAGGCAUGGAAUGUCCGAUUGACAGACGAUCAGAAACUGCUAGUGAUUGCGGGCGGUUUCGGAUUCGUAGCGUUCGUUCUUGCGGCGACCGUCUGUUUCGUGCAGCCAACUUGCUUCAUCUACAAGAAGAUAUGGCGUAAACGCGAAAAAGAACGUGCGGCACGGGUCGCGGCUGCUAAACAAAUGGCCGUACUCCUCCAACUUGCUGUUCUGGGUCCAGCCAAGUUGAACAAAAGCCAGCGCUCGCUCGGAUCCUCCGACAAUAUUGAAACUCCUGGUACACAGAUAGGAACACUCCAGGCCAGAAUCCCACAGGCGACGACAUCGUUCCAGAGAGGUGGCUUUCGGGACUCCACCUACUCAUCUAUGUCUAGUGGAAGUCGCGGGGAUACAACGACAACAAUAAGCGAGCUCGUGACAGAUACAGACGGCGCCUCUGUGAGUGGAGAGGAGGUACUGAGUCAGGGGCAUGCGACGAUUACCAUGCGAUUCCUUCCUCAACCUCCGGACUCUAAAAACGAAGGCAUUAUUGGCAAACUGGAAGUCAACGUGAAGGACGUCCAAGAGCUGCCUAUGCGGCCGUACGGCGGACCGUGCGAUCCUUAUGUUGUUAUUCAGGUUGUAUGUGACAUAAAACGAAUGUAUAGGCGGAAGGAGAGACCUUGGAAAAUGUGCGAAUUCACCACACAGAUCAAGCGCAAGGCGCAGUGUCCAUUAUUCAACGAAGGUUUCGCAGUGCCUGUAACGAAAUCAGACAUCCGUCAUGGCAGCGUUCACGUCAAGGUAUACGAUGCGGAAAAAUACGUCAAUCACAGCAUCCUUGGCGAGGCGCUGGUGUCACUGAAAGACUAUGACCUCGAACAGGAAACGGUCGAGCGCAUUGUCACCUUAGACCUUGCUGCUCCGACGACGAACAAUGGCGACAUGCAGUUAGGUCUGAACUACCUGCCAACGUCGGAGCGUUUAACCGUCCGGAUCGUAAAAUGCAACAAUGUUCUCCUGAGAAACGUUUUUCAACAGGACCCAGUUGUCAAUGAAUACGUCGCUAGGGUAUUACUAUACAGUAACGGGAAACUGGUAAAACGUAAAAAGACUUUACCGCAUUCAGGUCUCGGUAGAAGGGCAAGAAACUCAACGGGCUGGAGCCUCGCUUCUUACCCGACUCAAUUUGAUGAUAUCAUUAUCGACGAAAGCUUUAUGUUCGAUAUACCGCUUGCCAGCCUUGACAACGUAAUACUUGUCGUUGUUUUGUGCCUUCUCACAGCGAGCGCAUCCUCUUCCGAUACCCCAGUAACACCGUCCCCUGCACCGUGCCAAAACAGGCCAAAGGAUUACCUUGGAAAGGUUAUUCUCGGCAGUGAAACUCGGGGACCGUGUCUCCGUCAUUGGGAGACAAUGAAAAAUUCUCCUCGCCGAGAAGUCAUACAAUGGCAGACGCUUACCUAGUCAAGAAAAAGUACUAAACGUAAAAAUAAUGCUCAUCUGCGAAGAGUCGAGUUUGUGGACGAUUUACGACUUAGACACUCAUCAACACGCGGAGAGCGUUAGCAAACGUUGAAUCCAACGUCGUUGUGAUAGCUGUGCUUAUUCGUAGAUACAUUAGAUUAGAAUAGAACAAGAUUCAAAUGCUCUAUUCGAAAUUAGUGGUUGAUGUAUCCUAUACUAAGUUGAACUAUUCUAUAUGACGAUUUAGCACGACAGUCUUGUAUCCUAGGAAAUCCUGAAUUACCUACAUAUACUUGUUACUUUUUCGAAGAACAGGAGAUCAGAUGGAUGAAUAUGAUUACGCUUCGUAGGUUGCAUUUUUACUAGAAACAACAGCGGGACUGUGAUAAUCGCGCAUCCCUAUUAGUAUUAUAGAAAGGUAAAAUUAUAACACGUUGAUAGUACUGCUAUUGAUCUUAGCAGCAUUAAGUGUCCUAAAAAGGUCGACCGCUCUAAGGGGAGCCGGGUCUAGUUAAAUACACGAUGCCAUAUACUGAAUUGGAUAAAAGUAGCAAUUAUUUAAACGUCUAUGUUUAUUUACGUGCAUGAAUAUAACUUGGUAUUGUUCGCUUAGCGGUUUUCGUAUUUAAGGGUUUGUUAUAUUGCGUUAAAUCGAUUCUUAUUGUUCCUGUCGUUGCAAUAGGCAAAAUGAUAAAAACAAAAAAGGACAUCGCUUACUAUAAAUGUUGACGAUUUAUUUAA